AUGAGCCACACUUUAGAAGAAAGUUUCAAUGCUGUCGAGUCGCCACUACUUCCCACUCCCUCCCAGAAGAGGUGGGAGGAAGUAGUAGUCAACGAAGGAGUAGAGUUGACACCCAUAGUUUUCGAUGCCCAGAAGAGGUGGCGUGCGAUUUGCACAAUGCUCCGUAGCAUCAAUGCCUUCUCUCGAGCAAGGGAUAUUGCAGCUGAAAACUACAGUGGGCUGUUGGAAAAUCUUCUGCCAUCUCCAUCUGACACAGUUGUUGAUAUCAUACCAGAACGCCUAUCUGAGCUUGCCCGCCUCAAAAAAACAUUGAGCAGCUUCGUCAGCUUGGAGGUGUUCCAGGCGUCGCCUCAUUUCUCAGAACAAAUGCUGAAAAGGGUAUCCCAGAAGCCAACUCCAAGGGUUUGGCACACAGUGUUUGAGGCCUUCGGUGAUCCCAUUAUUAUUAUCCUACUUAUCUGUGCAACACUUUCACUCUGUUUUGGUAUAGCACGUCAUGGGCUGAGAGGAUGGUCUGAUGGGGGAAGCAUAUUGGUUGCCGUCUUUCUGGUGAUCAUGGUCACUACUUCGAGUAACCUCUGGCCUAGAAGACAAUUCUUUAGGCUAUCAAAAGCUCGUGAUAACUUCUCUGUCUUUGUUAUCAGGAAUGGGCAGCGGAAGUACAUCUCAGUGUUUGAAGCCGUUGUUGGUGAUAUUAUUUGCCUGAAGACUGGAGACCAAGUUCCUGCUGAUGGCUUGUUCAUAGACGGGAACUCUUUACAAGUGGACGAGUCAAGCAUGACAGCAGGGAGGGAAUCAGUCGAAAUCAAUGAAAGCGGUAAUCCAUUCUUUCUCUCUGGCAUGAAGGUGAUCAACGGUUCUGCUCGAAUGCUUGUGACUGCAGUCGGCAUCAACACAGAAUGGGGGAAGUUGCUGAGCUCAAAAAGCUAUGAUAUUGAGGAAAGAACUCCAUUACAAAGGAAGCUACGUGAGCUGAUGAUACAAAUAUCUAAAGUCGGUUUAAUGGUUGCUUCCUUGGUGCUGGUAGUACUGCUUGUUCGUUACUUUGUCGGGAAUAUGCGGAAUGAGGAUGGAAAAUCAGACUUCACUGCAGGGAAGACAAAUAUCCAUGAAGUCUGCAAUGAUCUGAUAGGGAUCCUAGCCACCCCAGUUUCUAUUGCUGCAACUGCCAUCCCUGAAGGUUUGCUCCUAGCUGUCAUGAUAACCAUUGCUUACUCAACCAACAGGAUGGCAUCUCAAAAGGCACUAGUAAGAAAUCUUUCAGCCUGUGAAGCAGUUGGUUCCGCAGAUGUAAUCUGCACAGAUGAAAGAGGAAGUCUUACCUUGAAUCAUCUGAUAGUAAGCGAAUUUUGUUUCGGCAACAAGCUUCUCAAUGCAGGAACUUCCUCAAUCAUCCCAAGAAAUGUUCUUGGACUGCUCCGUGAAGGUAUGCUUUUGAGAAGCACUGAAGCCUCAUCAGGAUCUCCCAUUGAACUUUUUGAGAGUCAAGUUCACAGUACAAUUCAGGCGUGGAGUGUCCAAGAUAUGGACGUCAAUGUUGAACAAGUUCGAGCAAAUUGUGCCGUUCACAGUCCAGAAAUCUUCAAUUCUGAGAACACUCAAAGUAGCAUAUGGAUCAAGAACAAUACCAGUGAUAGUAUUCAUGUGCACCAGAAAGGCCAACCAGAAAUCAUAUUGGCCAUGUGCUCACAAUAUUAUGAUGAAGAUCGGAUCGUCAAACAUAUGUCUGUAGAUGCAAAAAAAAAGCUUGGAGCAAAUAUUUCAGGAGAUGAAGUCUAA